AUGGAUCAUAUGCAGCAUUUCCCUCCAGGGAUCCUCACCUGCCCAGACCCUUCCGAGUUUGACUACUCCACCUUUCUGCAGCAAGUGGAAGAUAUCCCUUUCCCAGACCCAUCGCACAAUACCUCAGCAGGAACUAUUUCGGAAUCGCCUCUGGGCCAAGCACCAGCCGCAAGGUCGGAUGGAUGGAGUACGUCUGGUGCUGCGGACAUGUCGGUCAUGCGCCGAGCUCAGAAGCAAAGGCCGGAGCGAAGGGGACAUACCAAGAGCAGACGCGGAUGUUAUAACUGUAAGCGGAGGCGCAUCAAGUGCCAGGAGACUCGCCCUGCGUGCGGUCAUUGUGUGAAGACGGGUUUGAAGUGUGAAUACCCCUCCCUGCCACAGAUCACCUACCAGCCUCACCAUCAGAUUCCUCUUUUCAGCUUGCAGGACAUGCGAUUCUUCCAGCACUUCCUCACCCAGUGCUACCCCCACCAUCCAUUAAGGCAAGAGGAGGUUUGGACCCACGAGAUCCCCUGCAUUGCCCACGAUCAUAAAUUCUUGAUGCACGCUAUAUUGGGCUUUGCCGCAUCAGAACUCGUCCCCACCAACAGCUCGUUUGUCCAAGCGGCUAUGAGCCACCGCAUCAAAGCUGUUAAACUCAUCAAGAAGCGGCUUUCCGAAUCUGCGCGCGCCCAGACAAGCUACGAAGAAGCCAACGCCCUCGUUGCCGCUUGUUUUGCCUUGACUUUCCAGUCUCUGAGCCUAGAGGACGGUCUGGCAGAAUAUAUAACGUUUAUUCGAGGUAUUGUCAUUGUGGGAGUGCAAAUGGUGUUCAAGGGCAUCAAACCUAUUUUCGAGCAGCUAUUAGACGAAGACUGGCAGGACGAGGUGAUGGAGCCGUAUCUACGAGAUUUACCGCUGAUCCAACGAGGGUGGGCUGCCGCUGCUAUCCAGGCCAUCUCAAACCUACGGCCAUUAUGUGUUGAGCCAGUAGAAGUUGAGUACUGCGAACAGCUUCUUGGCAUCGCAGAGAAGCUCAACGUGAACUCGUUUGACGCAUACAAAGCCAACAGCAGACAGUAUGCAUGGUGGACGAUGCUACCACAUAGCACCUUCCAACAGCUCAUCAACCUCGACAGACAGAGCAUGAUUCUGCUUCACGCACACUGGAUCGCUUUGUCGCAGAUUAUGGCGUUCAUAACCGAACGCGAACACGACGUUCGUGAAAAAAGGCCAUCGGCUUCGACUAACUCUGGAUCCGCGCCGGGUUCUGUAGGGUGGUUGAAGUUUCUCAAUGCCCGAGUGGACUACGAGCAUCAAAUGUACAACCAGUGGCCGUUGUGGGUAGAAGCACAACUGGACAAAGAUCUCACCUUUUUUGGACUACGACUAUGA